GGGCUCGGCGGCGGGAGGCUCGCGGCUGCCGGGCCGGCGGGGUCCGCCCGGGCCGGCAGCGUCCGCCGAGCGACGGGAGGAGGGAGCGGCGCAGACAAAGAGCGGCGCCUGGGCGGGCGCUGAGCGGCCGCCGCCCCGGGACCCGCGCCGCUGCCCUCCGGCGUCGGCGGGCGGCCCACGGCGAGGAGAAAACUUAAGCUUUAGACGUGGUAAGCCAUCUGGCCGAAAGACAGAGCCAAGCAGAGGUGGAGUUGGCAUUUCAUUCCAGAGCCAAAGCUCGUUCACCAAAUCAGAUUUCCUGUGUUCCUUUUAUACAAGUGAUUGCCCAGAUCAUAAUUCUCUGCUGAGAUUUGGGUUGGAUUCAAGAAUUUGGAGAAUUCCUGCAGCUUUGUAACUUCAGGCGUGUGACCAGCUGAGAACUUCACCUUUUGAGUUCUGCAUUUUGCCAGUCAUCUCUUACAACUGAGUGCCAAAGGAUACCACAGGUUCCUGCCAACUCCUGUCAAACUAGCUGGCAUCUGGCGAGUCUUUUAUCUACAACACAACUUGAAACUUUAAUAAGGAAGUUAUAAGAAGGACUCCAUGAAAGAUGACAGAGGAAGUUAUUGUGAUAGCAAAGUGGGACUACACUGCCCAACAGGACCAGGAGCUGGACAUCAAGAAAAACGAGCGCCUAUGGCUGCUGGACGACUCCAAGACGUGGUGGCGGGUGAGGAACGCGGCCAACCGGACGGGCUAUGUGCCAUCCAACUAUGUGGAGAGGAAGAACAGCCUGAAGAAGGGCUCCCUCGUGAAGAACCUGAAGGACACGCUAGGCCUCGGCAAGACCAAGAGGAAGACGAGUGCACGGGACGCGUCCCCGACGCCCAGCACGGAUGCCGAGUACCCUGCCAAUGGGGGCGGCGCCGACCGCAUCUACGACCUCAACAUCCCUGCCUUCGUCAAGUUCGCCUAUGUGGCCGAAAGGGAGGACGAGCUGUCCCUGGUGAAGGGGUCACGUGUCACUGUCAUGGAGAAGUGCAGCGACGGCUGGUGGCGAGGCAGCUACAAUGGGCAGAUUGGCUGGUUUCCCUCCAACUAUGUCCUAGAGGAGAUGGACGAAGCGGCUGCCGAGUCCCCCAGCUUCCUGAGCCUGCGGAAGGGCACCUCCAUGAGCAAUGGCCAGGGUGCCCGGGUUCUGCACGUGGUGCAGACACUGUACCCCUUCAGCUCGGUCACUGAGGAGGAGCUCAACUUCGAGAAGGGGGAGACCAUGGAGGUGAUCGAGAAGCCCGAGAAUGACCCUGAGUGGUGGAAGUGCAAAAACGCCCGGGGGCAGGUCGGCCUAGUCCCCAAGAACUACGUGGUGGUCCUAAGUGAUGGGCCCUCCCUGCACCCCUCGCACGCACCGCAGAUAAGCUACGCGGGCCCUGCGUGCAGUGGGCGCUUUGCGGGCCGAGAGUGGUACUACGGGAACGUGACGCGGCACCAGGCCGAGUGCGCCCUCAACGAGCGGGGCGUCGAGGGUGACUUCCUCAUUAGGGACAGCGAGUCUUCGCCCAGUGACUUCUCCGUGUCUCUGAAAGCAUCAGGGAAGAACAAACAUUUCAAGGUGCAGCUCGUGGACAAUGUCUACUGCAUCGGGCAGCGGCGGUUUCACACCAUGGACGAGUUGGUGGAACACUACAAAAAGGCACCUAUCUUCACCAGUGAGCACGGGGAGAAGCUCUACCUCGUCCGAGCGCUGCAGUGACGGCCCCACCCACAGCCCCUGCCACCUCCAGGGCCUCGGUGCCACACUCACCUCCCCAGAGCCUGGCGGAUCUGCCCCAGGAAGAAGCCGCGCUCACGGGCCCUCCGGCGGCGGGCUCCGCUCGGUCCGGUGGUUCAUCGGUUCUUGGCUUCCUUUGCCUCGUUUACCUUUGCGUGCAGGUCGGUUCGUUUUUCCACUCGCCAACCCUUUGCCAGGCCGGCCCCUGACACCCACUUUCCGGCCUGCCCUCCUCCCGGCCAGGUUUCCAGAACGGGAGGUGGAAGAGGGCGAUGUUCGAUCACUUUACUCCUGCUCAACUGAAAACAGCCUUAGUCUGUUCAGAUUGUUCAUGCUAACAGAAGCCCUCAUUAAACAGACAUCGGGCACAGUUGGAACGCACCGAAGCUGCCGUUAAGUGAACUACAGAAAGCGGGGGCCGGACGCUCCUGCAGACGUCCCCGGCCCUGGGCCUGGCAGCCGUGGCUCCGUGCCCUUUGCUCUUGCGUGGCUUCCAGACUGUCCAGGGAGUGGACACGCGUGCUGGUCGCAAUACCAGAACCACCAGAUGAGAGAGUAGUGAGGAAAGUCCAGUGCCUUCAGGGCUAUGCUUGCAAUAAAAGAAUUUCCUUGAAAGUCAGUCUGCAGAAGCGAGACCCGUGACUCAAAAAGACAGAUGUUGUGGUUGUUAAUCCCCCAAAUGUGCCAUCCGCAUAGUGCUUUUUCCUCUCGCCCUUCGGCUUGUUUAAAUUUCACAAUUAUGUAUUUAAUUCUCAAAAUAAUAUGUAUCCGUAGCCAUUUGUUGACACUAAUACAGAUGAUUAAGGAAAACAGCUGAUCUUUGGGGAAGGGGAGCUACUGUACACUUUACACACACACACAUACACACACCCACCCCAUAUAUAUAUAUAUAUAUAUAUAUAUACACAUAUAUAUAAUAUAUAUAUAUUAUUUGCUUUACAGGGAAUUUUUCAGGGUUUACAAGAGAAUAUGUGAUUGGUAGUAAGAGACACAGAAUGUUUAUGAAGAAAUUGCAUUUUCUUUUCUCUUUACAUUUGAACUUCUUUAUAGUUUAAAUAUACAGUCUGGAGAUGGCACAUUCCUACAACUGAAGAAGGGGUCUUGAGACCUCCUAAACUUGCAUACUCAGUUUUUUGGAUAUUGUAAUAAAAAAAAAAGUAUUAUGACAA